UCCCACCGGACUGCAAACGGACGAGGACUUCCGCUACCGAGAUUUUCUCGCUGGAGAACGAUGGCUUUCCCGGAGUUUUGAGCGGCAUAAACAGCUGAUCAGGUUGACAACAUAGCGGCCCCGCCACUGAGUCCGGCUCAAGGCGAUGGCCAGUCCUCCGUCUCCUCUCGUCUCGCUGCUCUCCUCCCUGAUCCCCAGGGGUUUGGCUGUGGGACCAUCGAGGCUCUGCGAGGGCCAGCUGGGUCUGUGGUGGGUCGGCCGCUCGCUGGGGGCCGGAUCCCUGCUGGGGAAGGAGGGCGACACAGAAUGGGCCUGGAUAAGCCACGCUGACCCUGACGGUGACCUCAUGAUGACCUCUGACCCCACGUCCAAAAAGGAUCAGAGCAUCAACAUGGAGACAGAGGAGGCAAUGAUGGAGUUAGUAGCUGAUAAGAAAGCUCUACUAGAUAAAGCCCUCUGGAUCAGUUUUGCCUGCCAGGUGCGGAGCAGAGAACAUGAGAACGUGACCAUGCAGUGUGUGUGUGGAGAGACGUGCACAGGUGUGUGCGCAGAUGUGCGUCUGCGUGUGUGUCGCAACAUCCAGCCAGGGACGGAGCUGUUGUUGUACCACGAGCCUGAAGGAAAAACUCAGCAGGCUGACACACAGGGCCGCUGUGUUAGACAGCACAGAGAUUACAAGGUCAAAUGUCCUGAAUACAAGAAAGACUCGGAGACAAUAUUUGCUGACACACAAACCAGGCCGGGAGAGGAAACGGAGAAGGAGACACCACAGGGGGCAGAGGAGAAGAAAGGGGAGGAGGAGGACAGAAAGCCCCAGAGGGAGGUUAAGAGGACUCAGCCGGCCUCAUGCAGGAGGAAGAGUCGACCUGAGAAAAUCCCAUCUGCCUCAGACACUCCAGUGAAGUCCGGGCCAAGCUGCCAUGCAGACAGACAGCAGGGCAGAAGUACUGACACACCUCCAGCAGCAGGAGGAAGCACAGAGGUGCUGCCCGCCGAAGCUGCAGACGCAACAACAGGUGGCGUCCCGGCUGCGAGGGGGGAUGCGGAGGGACAGACAGCCGCCAUAGAGAGGCAGUCACACUGUCCCGUUGAGGGAGGUGGGGACAAAGACUCCCGAGGCCCGUCUGUGCCCCCGCCCAUCAGGCACAGCUCCCGCCUGGCUGCCAAACCGCGGCGAGUGCACUGUUUGAUCGGCCGUACGAAACAUUUGGAGGCACCGCCGCACCCCGUUCACCCCCACCCGCCCAAACAGAGGAGCAGCUACAGCGAGGGCACCCAGUACACUGCCAGGGAGACGGUUUCCAUGGAGACACUUGGUGCUGGUGCUGGUGCUCAAGGGGCAAGGCAUGUUGCUGGGGAGACUCUCGCUAGGCAACCGGAGGUUUUUGAAAUGGUUGCUAGGGAGAGGCGGUACAAGUGUUCCAGCUGUGGUAAAAGUUUCUACCAGCUGUGCCACUUAAAGAAGCACCAGUUCACCCACACAGACACUAAACCCUUCAGCUGUCAGUACUGCGGGAAAAGCUACAGCUCUGCAGAAAACUACAAGGCCCAUCAGGGGAGUCAUCGUGGCGAACGUCCAUUUUCCUGCCCUCACUGUGAGAAGAGCUACGGACUGAAGAGGGACCUCAGGGAACACAUGGUCCUGCACACUGGAGAGAAACCUUACGUCUGUGACCUCUGCGGCAAGGCGUUCGCACGCCGCCCCUCCCUGCGCAUCCACCGCCUCAAUCACUGCAAAAGGGAGUCACACAGACAGCCUACCAAGUUGCAGUGUACAGUGUGCUCCAAGCUGCUGGCCAACUCAGGCUCUCUAAGGAACCACAUGAAGCUCCACACAGGGGAGAAACCUCACAUCUGUCAGCACUGUGGCAAGGCUUUCAGACAGAGAGGGAACCUCCAGGGCCAUCUUCGAAUUCAUAGCGGUGAGAAGCCAUACGCUUGCUCCCAGUGUGAUCAGAGUUUCUCCCAGAAACCAGAACUACGCCGACACCUGCUCUGCCACACCGGGGAGGUUUUCCUCUGUAGCUACUGUGGAAAAGCGCUGAGGGACCCGCACACCCUGAGGGCCCACGAGAGACUACACAGUGGAGAAAGGCCACAUUGCUGCCAUAUCUGCGGAAAAGGCUACAUCCUGGCUACUAAGCUGAGGAGACACAUGAAGUCGUCUCACCUGAUGGAGAAACCGUUCAGCUGCCACUGUGGAGCGUCCUACACUCUGAGACAAAGUCUACUGAGGCACCAAACUCAACACAGGAGAGAGGGAAUGAAGGAGGAUGAGGAGAGGAGAGAGGGAAGGAGGGACGAGGAGGAAGAGGAGGAAGGGCAGGGAGAGGGGAGAAGGAAGGAGAUUUCGCAGGUGCUAAUGGCUUUAGAUUCCAGUCACCCAAGACCGGUUCGAGGCAGACCCAGAAAAAAUUCACUACCUCAGUUGACGGGGGAGACAGAGGCGAGGAGAGGAGCAGAAAGAGUGGAAGAAGUUGUCACAGCGAGGCGAGGAGAAGGGGAGGAAGCAGGGGGGGAACAGGAGGGAGCUGAACUCAGGGUAGGGGAGCAGAGAGCUGAAGGGAAUGAGGUGGGGAAGAUAGGAGGGAGGAUUCGAGUCGAAGGGGGGGAGGAGAACACAAUGAGGGGAGGAGAAGGAAGCAACCAUGACGUCUCAGGACAAGUCGAACACACUGUGGUCUAUGUUCAAACUGCAGGGACUCGAACAGGAAGCUUAACCGCAUCAGACUCCUCCCCUUUGCUCCUCACCGCAGAGAGCCCACUCCCGCAAGCAGCCGGGCAGGAACUGGUGGAGGUGGUGAUAUCAGAGGCUGGAGAGCAGUGCAUCUUGGUCCACGGACAGCAGACCGUGGGAGAGCUGGUGAUCUUACAGGAGGAGGGCGGGCUCUGCUCUGUGGCUCAAACGGUGGAGAUAGAGACCGUGUAGUUUCUAAAACCAUCUCUGGUGGUUGGACAACACGACGAAUGUGUCAGUGACCCUGAGUCCAAAGAUGAGAAGCCCAGGAUGAAAAAUCAAAAUUUUAAUGGAUAAGCCUGCCCUCAGAUACACUGUUUCCUAUCAUCAAGCUAUGAUAUUCAGUGCAUUUCAGUAUUGUAAAGUUUACUUUCAGGUGUACCCACUUGCGCUCAGACUGCAUGAUCUUUUCCUACAUGUCCCAAAAUGCCUUUCAAGAAGCCCCGGAGAUGGGCUGUGAACACGUUGCGUUCAGCUCCGGGUUGCACAUGUAGGUGGAGAGAGCGAGAGCAAUACAGGGGGCAGUUUUUCCUGUUGAGAAAAAGUGAGGCUCAUCCUCAGGCUGCAUUGCGUUGUGGUCUAUUUUUGCAACUGUGGGUAGAGAAACUAUCUUUGCCUCCUCUACAAAAGAUUUCUCCCAGGAUGUUUGUUGAUCGUCAGUGCAAAAUGGCAACUUUAGAAAGAACCCCUCUUCUUCUUCUUUUUUUUUUUUUUUUUUUUUUUUUUUUUUGAUUCUGAGGGAGUGACAUCACCAAAAAUCCGAUGUUUACUGUUGAUGAUGAAGUAUUUUGUGUGGUCAAACACUGUUAAAGCUGUACUGGAAAUAUCUUGACUUGGCAUCACUUUGUCUGCUGUACAUUUGGCUAGUUAUCUGAUGGAGGAAGAAAAAUGCAACACAAAAGAACAAAACAUACCAACUAUGUUCAGAUGUUUUAGGAUAGAUUUUACUUUUCAGGUAUUCAUUUAGGAACACACGUCAUGCACCAAAGAAAUGUCACUGUAGAGCCUUAUCAAGGAGCCAGUGAUGUGUAUGCAACAUCAAAGACAGACUCACUUAUGAACUUAAUGUUGACAACUUCAGCAUCCUCUGGGACUCCCACGUGUUAUCAGAUUCUGUCACUUUCUGCUAAAAUUGUCUAUGGUGGGGGGGGGCCUCGGACGCACAAGGUGUAGCUUUCUCUGUGUGACAGUAUUGUGAAUUGUUAUUAGCAUUCCUCCAUUUAUGGGGUUAUAAACACUGUAAAGUAAAAAAUGCUGUGUAUUAAACAAAGUUAUAGAUUACUUG